AUGGGGGAACUUUUUGAUUCUAACUCAACAAAGGUCCUCUCCUUUGCUGAUAUGGUUAAAGGUAAAAAGCAGUUGCCUACCACAUCUGUGGAUUUGAAUAUGUUACCUAAACAUAUUGUCAAAGAUGGAAAACCCGCUUUGGUUAUUCCUCGGGUUUUAUUCUUUGAAGGAUGCGAGAUCUGGAAGUACAGUCUCAUUGGUAGGUUGGAUUUCAAAGACCUGGAUUUUACUGAUGUUAAGAAAAACUUAUUGUUACAAUGGGGUUUAGAUGAUGGAAGAGUGCAGUUUGGUCCUAUGAACCGUGGGUUCUUCAUCAUCAAGUUAUGGACUCAGGAUGAUAAGGAGAAGAUUUUCCGAGAAGACAAAAACUGGUUGGUAGCACAACAAAGUUUAAAAUUGCAGGAAUGGUACCCUAGCUUUAAUGCUGACAAACAAGUAACUUCUCAUUCUACAGUCUGGGUGAAAUUCCCAGGGUUACCUGUUGAAUUAUGGAUGGAGAAGACGGUGUUAUCUUUAGGUCAAACUCUUGGUACUCCAAUUAUUGUGGACAAGAGAACCCUAAAUCAUGAGUACGGAUAUUUUGCUUCUGUGCUCGUUGAUAUUGAUUUUGCGGAAUUGGAUUCUGAAG